UGGAGUUGUAAAGCUGGCUGGCUGAACUCGGCCUCCAUCUAGUGGCUCCGCUCUGAACAGUCAUGUUGUUUCUUUGGGGAUGUCCUGACCGCUCGCGGAUGUUACGUUGGUUUCUCAGUUUUUAAUGGAGAGACGUUAAUAUUUGUUGUGAAUUGAUCCCGUUUGCCACGUCGUGGAUCUCCAGCUCGGAAUGAACACUGACUCGAAAUGUUCCCAUGUAGCUAACCAGCAGUAAUAACAGACCUAGCUUGACCACGGUGGAGCAGGGCUGCCUCUGCAGCCAGUCAAGAUGGACACCGCCGACGAAGCAGACAUCUGUCGGGUAUGUCGGUCAGAGGGGACCCUGGACAAGCCCCUCUACCACCCCUGCGUCUGCACGGGCAGUAUCAAGUUCAUCCACCAGGAAUGUUUACUGCAGUGGUUGAAGCACAGCAGAAAGGAGUACUGUGAAUUAUGCAAACACCGAUUUGCAUUCACACCAAUCUACUCUCCAGACAUGCCAUCUCGCCUGCCUGUCCAGGACAUCUUUGCCGGGUUGGUCACCAGUAUUGGAACAGCCAUCAGAUACUGGUUUCACUACACACUGGUAGCCUUUGCCUGGCUUGGCGUGGUGCCUCUCACAGCAUGUCGGAUAUACAAGUGUUUGUUUACAGGCUCUGUGAGCUCUCUACUCACCCUGCCACUAGACAUGCUUUCAACACAAAACCUGCUUGCAGACUGUCUCCAAGGUUGUUUUGUGGUCACUUGCACGCUGUGCGCCUUCAUCAGCCUGGUGUGGCUCAGAGAGCAGAUCGUCCACGGUGGUGCCCCUCUCUGGUUAGAUCAGCAUCAACCACCUCUAGUUCCUAACCAUCCUCAUGGUCCUGCACUGGCUAACGAGGUCCCGGGUGGUAAUGUUGGUGUCGAUGGUCAGGCUGCUGCAGACGACGCAGCUGUCCGGGACCCCGCUGACCCGGCCCAAGAUGGACUCGCACCUCCCAACCCAAACGAAGCCGGUAAUCAAGGACACGAUCCAGAACUUGAUGAUGACGAAGACGAUGACGAUGGAGAGGAGGAGGAAGAGGAGGAUGAAGAAGGCAGGGAAGAGGAUAAUGCUGAUGCCAACAAUGGAGGACAAGAAGAUCUGAACUGGAACGCGUUGGAGUGGGACCGUGCCGCAGAGGAGCUGACCUGGGAGAGGAUGCUUGGGCUGGAUGGCUCUUUAGUUUUCCUGGAGCACGUGUUUUGGGUGGUGUCUCUCAACACUCUGUUCAUCCUGGUCUUCGCGUUCUGCCCGUAUCACAUCGGUCAUUUCUCAGUGGUUGGACUGGGCUUUGAAGACUAUGUCAAAGCGUCUCACUUUGACGGCCUCAUCACCACCAUACUGGGAUACAUCCUCCUGGCUGGAGCUCUGAUCCUCUGCCAUGGCUUGGCUUCAUUAGUGAGCUUUCAGCGCUCCAGACGCCUGCUGGGUGUCUGCUACAUCGUUGUGAAGGUGUCUCUGCUGGUUGUCAUGGAGAUAGGCCUGUUCCCUCUGAUUUGUGGAUGGUGGCUCGACAUUUGCUCACUGGAGAUGUUUGAUGCGACUCUGAAAGACAGGGAGCAGAGCUUCGACUCGGCCCCUGGCACCACCAUGUUCCUCCACUGGCUCGUCGGCAUGGUCUACGUCUUCUACUUCGCCUCCUUCAUCCUGCUGCUCAGAGAGGUGCUUCGUCCAGGAGUGUUGUGGUUCCUGAGGAACCUGAAUGAUCCAGACUUCAACCCGGUCCAAGAGAUGAUCCACCUGCCCAUCUACAGACACCUGAGGAGGUUCAUACUCUCUGUGGUGGUGUUUGGCUCCAUCGUCCUGUUGAUGCUUUGGCUUCCCAUCAGGAUCAUCAAACUGCUCUUCCCAGCCUUCCUCCCCUACAACGUCAUGCUUUACAGCGACGCCCCGGUCAGUGAGCUUUCUCUGGAGCUGCUGCUGCUUCAGGUUGUUCUGCCGGCAUUGUUGGAGCAAGGACACACUCGCCAGUGGCUCAAACGACUCGUCCAUGCCUGGACAUUCACUGCUGGAUACAUGCUCGACCUUCACUCCUACCUGCUGGGGGACCACGAAGAGGAUGACGACCAACCGAACAACAACCUACCUGGUCGCCACAACAACAACAGGAUCCCUGGCCUUGGCGAAGGGCUUCAUGCAGCUCAUCAAGCCAUCCUGCAGCAGGGUGGUCCUGUGGGCUUCAGGUCGUAUCACAGGCCGAUCAACUUCCCCCUCAAGAUCGUUCUGCUGGUGGUUUUUAUGUGUGUGACACUGUUAACGGCGAGUCUGCUCUGCCUCACACUGCCAGUGUGUGCAGGUCGCUGGCUGAUGUCUUUCUGGAUGGGCAGCGCCAUGGUUCAUGAGCUGUACACGGCGGCAAGCGGUCUGUACGUCUGCUGGCUGUCCAUCCGAGCUGCCACCGUGAUGCUGUCCUGGAUGCCGCAGGGACGCAACGUCAUCAUGGUCAAAGUCCAUGAGUGGACACUCAUGAUCCUGAAGACCCUCGUGGUUGCGGUGAUGUUAGCGGGUGUGAUUCCUCUGCUGCUGGGUUUGCAGUUUGAGUUGGUGGUCGUAGCUCCUCUCAGAGUCCCACUUGACCAGACGCCUCUCUUCUACCCCUGGCAGGACUGGGCUCUGGGCGUGCUCCAUGCCAAAAUCAUCGCUGCCAUCACACUGAUGGGUCCUCAGUGGUGGCUCAAAACUGUCAUCGAGCAGGUGUAUGCAAACGGUAUCCGGAACAUUGACCUCCAUUUCAUCGUGCGAGGGCUGGCUGCUCCUGUCAUCUGUGUCCUGCUGCUGUCGCUCUGUGUGCCGUACACCGUCUCUAAAGGCAUCACACCGCUGCUGGGUGUGCAGCCAGAGAUGCAGACGCUGGUGGAGAGGAGGAUCUACCCCUUCCUGCUGAUGGUGGUCAUCAUUUUGGCCGUCCUGUCCUUCCAGAUCCGACAGUUCAAACGCCUCUACGAACACAUCAAGAACGACAAAUACCUGGUUGGACAGCGCCUGGUGAACUACGAGCGUAACGCGGGCAGAAGCGCCUCCUCUUACAGCUCCGCCUCCUAGACUCCACGCCGCCGUGGGAUCGGUGGAGCUGACUCACACUGUCCAGCGCUUCGAGCUUUCAUCGGCUCCCCCCCCACCCCCCACCCCGUGGUGAAACCUUUUUUUUUGUUUCCUCCCUGCAGGCUGUCAGCAUCAAACAAAGCCUGUGAACAUCAGCUGCAGUGUAGUCCUCUGAUUCACCAACAUCUGCAGCGUCACAGGUUGAGUGAUAGAGACGUUAAAGAGCGAAGACAGAGAAAUCUCACAUAUCCGAGCGUGGUUGUCAGACAGCCAGCGGAAACAGUCGGCGUGAUACAGCGUUCUGUGUUUUUGGUCUUCUUCAAUGCAGCUGACAUUUUUUAGUCUGAACCUGUUUUAUUUGAGGAAGCUUCGAGUUGAAAUGAGGUCAGUUGAUCUUAGCUUUUACCUCAGAUCGUGCUUCCCUUUCAUUGUUUGUCGUCUAGGUCACACGAAGUCGCUUUGACGUCUCAGCUGUGAAAGAUAUUUGGACUGUAGUGAGAACAACUCAUCACUCGUCUCAAAUCACACCCUUCAUCUAAAGCAGGUUAUCUGUAUCAGGAGGGCAUAUAAGAUGUAGCAAACGUGAUUGUAAUGUUUUAUUUUUUAAGAUGAUUUUAUUAGAAGUUUGAUUUUUUAUUUUUUUGUGUGUGUUUUGAAUCUGGAGGGAGCUGUUGAAUCGUCCUGUGAGGAUUCCUUUGACAUGUAAAAGACAUUUUGGACAUGUGGACACGGCUCAGGACUCGCUGUUUCUUCAGAUGCUCUCCUGUGAAUUUUAAACUGUGGUGGUUCUUUGUUACAUCCACAGCAGAUCUACCUUUACAGUGCACAGAGUGUGGGGCUCGAACUCAUGAUACUGAAACUGGAAAAAGCAGCCUCACAGUCACAACAAUCAGGGCCUGUUACACACUGAGACGCUGAGAUUUGUUUUAAUGUAAUUCAAACUAGAUAAGCUCGCGGCAGCUCAUCAGCUGUUGAGACUGAUACUGUGAACAGUGAGGAGACGACGGCUUUAAAAACACAACGCUGAUUUCAAACAGGGGGAAAGUGUUUGACACAAAUCACCCUGACAGGCAUCUGAACUAGACUGAGUCAAGUGAAUUCAUCUCAGCUGAAGUGAAGUGAAGUAGCUCCAGUGCUGACAGAAAACACAUUUCAAAAAUUUAAAGGGGCAAUCCGCUGAUUUAGAUCUGAAUCAUAAUGUAUUUUUUAAAAGCAGAAGAGGAGAGAUCUCAACGUUACUCCUCAGUGUUUGUAAGGGACUCAAACUGUGGCUUCUUCAUUUAAACACUAUAGAACUGGACAUGUGCUUUAAUUAGACACUAGAUUACCGAUACACACAUCUGCCAAAAUCAAAACCUCCAAUUUGUAAGCAUACACACGACACGGUGACAGCACACUGGUGUUGUUAUAGGUCUCUCUUGAGGUGUGAGAAAAGGUAUUUCAUCAUCAAGGGUUCCGGGUGCUCAUUAAAGGAAACCGAUGUCCUUAAAGAGACAGUAACAGCCUUCAAAUAUCACCUAGAAGUCUCAAGUCAGCCAGUUGAGCUCUUGUUUUUGAGCAGAAGUUUGGUUUCUCUCCUUUGUGGAUACACUGCUGGACUCUGUGGGUUCAUAUCUGUUCAUGUCAUACAGCCAAAACAUCUUCAACAUUUCUGAUGGCGGUCUGAUCUUUUCUCACCCUGACCGACAGUACUUGGUUCCCUUUUAGAGACACUUUUAUCUGUGAUCAGCUGUGGGAUGGACUGCUGACCUGUUCAGGUGUUACCCUCCUUUCAGCUAAAGGCAGCAGGGAUAAGCUCCAGCCUUCCUGCAACCCUUUAACGGGUUCAGUGGUAUAGAUAAAAGCAUGGAUGGAUGUAAUGACCACUUGUAUCCACAGUGGGCACUGCUGAGCACAGUUUACUCAGUCCCCUCUUUGAACAGGGCUCUCUUUGUCAUGCUGUCAUAUCUCCUCCUGCCAGGCGCUCACUCCUGACAAGCUGCUGCUGCUGCUGGAUAUAAAGAAAGCGUCUAAAAUCAACCCUCUGCCUCACCUCUUCCCCUCUACUUAACCUACAUUUAACCGAGGAGACGUUGAAACUGGAGGUUUGAGGAGACUGUCAGGAGUCUCUAAUAGCCUGAUUUGAAAAAAAAAGAAAAAGUUGUGCCCUAAAGUCACCGUCAGGUUCAUACUAAACAUGAGGAAUGAAAAAGACGAGGUGUCCGCCUUCCCUUAUGUGUUUGAGUUGUUUGUCCUAUGAUCACAGUGUUGGCUCAAAUUUAAACACAAACCACACAAUAAUGGUGGAAGUGAUGGAUGGUGAUUCUUAUGUUAACACAUUCUCAAGUUACAUAAUUAGACUUACACAAUGUGAAUAUGUGCAUUUCUUUUCUUUUAUCCAUCGACUUGUCACAUCUGAAGCAAGAGCUGUUAAAUGGUUAGCUUAAGGAAGCUUUAAGACAGUAAACGGAGGGGCUGGAGCGAAGCUGGCUCUGUCUACAUGUAACAUUUCCACUUAGCUCCUCAGCUUCACUCCUGAUGUCUCAUGUGUUCUGCAUCUCAACAAUUCAUUAAAAAAAAAGUCUGUUCGGGGUUUCACGAGGACUUUUGUACUGGAUCUAUUUCUAAAGCCUGGUUUAUACUUCUGCGUCUAAUCGAUAGGGCAUGUAACUGAGGUGCACCUCCUCCAAAAUAUAACUAUGCUUUGAGCAUUGACAUGGACCACAAGCCCUGUGAUUGGUCCACACUGCAAAAUUAUAUUUCCCACAUUUACAGCACUUCCAGGAUCCCCACACAUUGGACGUUCAUUUCAUCUCCUCUGACGUCUCCUCUCUAUUCUUCCCCCUGAUCAUUGCUGUAUGAUAAACAUCAACAUGUAUCAGCUCUAAAUCAACAUAACAAGCUCAGAAUCGCUGUGAAAAAGCAAGAAGAAAAUGUAGCAGGGCCAGAAACAGGCGACCGGACUACCAGAGAGGCCACACUGCCUUCAAGUGUUUUGGCUGAGUAUUGAUUCACGACAUGUAGAAGUAUGUAGUGCUCACAUCUGCGUCUACCACUGCUGCGUAGGGUCCGACGCAGAAGUAUAAACCUGGCUUUAGUUUCAACAAGUUGAAGGAAAACUAUUCAAACCUGAUUCAGUUUUCCCAAAAUCUCAAACCUUUGCUGUAAAAACUUCAAGCAUUUCAGAUGUUUUUAAACUCACUCUCACAGGUACCUUUUUGCACGGGGAUGUAAAGUUAGUUGGUAGGUGUUGUCUCUCUCUUGUGUCUCCACAUCGUUCUUGCUCCACUGUCUCACUGAAAAUGUCCCAACUCUCACAGCAGGUUUAAGAACCUGCAGUUCAAUUUUUAAAGCCCCCCCCCCCCCCCCCCCCCCCCCCCCCCACUGAAGAACGAGAGCAUCUCUGUUAAAUCACCGCUGUGGGAAUUAAAAGGGGUCAAAACAUACAAAGAUGUAUUCCACUGACAAAGAGUCACAGGCCUUUUUUUGAAACUAAAUCCAAUGUUCCUCACUCUUCAGAUCCUGAGAGAUGUGACUUCAAGUCUUUUGUCGAGACGGUAACUGUCAAGUCGUAACAUUUUUUUUCAUGCAAUUGUUCAAAUGUGUUGCACUUUAAAACACUGUUUGCAAUAAUUUUGAAUCCACUGAUACGGUCUUCACCACAGGGUUUUUAUGUUUGACUCUCCUUCACACUGAGACUAAAAGACGUCAGUAUUUCACUGGUGACUGCACAGUGACUUUAACUUAAAGAUGAAUUUACACUGCAUUUGUGUUCAACGUGUUUCAUUAGGAGUUUGUUAAAUGUUAACUGCUUUUAUAAAAAGGUAUGGAUUGUGAACAUUAACUUUAGUGCUGCUGUGUGGAAUGCUCACAUUAUACAGCUGAGGCUAUAAAGUGACCUUUUAGUGCAUCUUGAACUGAGCUGGACACUUCAACAUUUUGGUCUUGAAUUUCAAUUUCUAGAAGCAAAUGAUUUCUAUUUUUAUAUGUGCAAAAAAAAAAAAAAAAAAAGGAGUGGCAUGUACUGUAACAUACAGUGAAGUACGUUCUAUUCAUUUUUGGUUCAUUCAUUUGAAACAAGAAUAAAUAGUUUUAAUGAGAA